AUGCAAGAAAUCGUCAUGAUACAAAUGAGAGAUAAAUUGUUGAUGAAUCGAUGCAAAUUCAAAGCCUCCAUUAAACCAAAUGAAAAAAUUCAAAGGUUGAUCGAAGAAAAGAAAAAAUGCACCGGAAACAUUGAAAUCAUAGAAGAAUUGUUGUGUCAAGUUAAAAAAGAACUCGAUUGUACGAAAAUGCAAUUUGAAAAAUAUCUAGAAAAAAAUAAUCAGGAAAACAAACAAAACAAACAAAAAUGCGUGUGUCGUACCGGAUGUUCCGUUAAUUACGUAAAUUUGAAACAUCAGUAA